CUGUCGAUUUGCCUAAGAUGGACUGAAGCUCCCUGUUUUCCAGUCUACAAAGUCUUGGCUGGAAGUGAAGUUUGCUCGUUUUCGCUCUUCCCACGAUGCCUUUCCUAAAGCAAUUCUGCAUUUAUUGCUGGAUUACAGGGACUUUUCUCUUAUCCGCUCACACCGUGUCCCUGAAGACAUCCCAAGAUGUAUCAGACGACCAAUAUAUCAACGAGGCCAUUUUUCAGAACGUAUCGUACGAAUUCGUUGCAAACCCACAGUCAUGGGGACAGGCGAAUGAAAUCUGCGAGACUCAAGGAGGGAAACUUCUGAAGUAUCUGGACUGUGAGAUCAAGGAUUUCUUUUCCAAAGUGUUCAAGGACGUCCAGACCACAGCUCCAGGCUUUUGGGUCGGUGAAGGUUUGACAGGAUCUUACGCUGAAUGUGUUAUUCAGGCAAUGCCCACUGCUCAACCUGCUGAUAGACCCAGUCCACCAUUUUGCACCUACAUGAUAAUGGAGCCAUUACAGCUGGUGACCACGCCCUACUGCAAUAUGACCUUGGGUUACCUGUGCACUCACGAUUCCCAAGCAGAUGAAGAUGAAAAUAUGCAAGAGCAGAGGAGCAUUCGGGUCCGGAGGAGCACGGAUAACACGAUAAUUGAUUGGUUAACACAAAUGGAUUCAUCAACAUCGGACUUGCAAGCUCUCCUCAAUCUCGCUAAGGAAAUAUUAGUCAAAAUUGCGAACGAACUGGUGGAGAUAACGCAUGAUUCAAAGAAGAAAUACCUAAACAGUAUACUAAAAACCGUGAAGAUUCUUAGAAAUAUAGAUGACCCGAGCAAGAACCUCACUAUUAAUUGUACCGGAGGCAUCAUUUUGUACACCAUCGAGCAGUGUGGACCAGAUGACAGCCCAGAACAUCUUGAGGAGCUGCUUAUUCUGGCUGUCCAGAUUUAUCAGGAGAUAAAUAUACUGACACAGCAAGACACUAGUAUGGUAUAUGUCUUGGAAUUUGUAUCAGGCACGCUUUUUGCAACCAAACAGAACCCAGAAAAUAUGGAAAACAUGAUGCUUGGGAGUCCAGACACGAGUGUUGUCCAGUUUCCCUCUUUGGAUACAUUUAAGUCACAGCUGCCAAAAAGCCCUAUCGACGUUCAGAUGUUCAGUUAUAAUACAAACCCAAUGGCUGAGGAAUCAAACUUUAGCGUGACUGGCACUGUCUGCAGCCUCUCACUCUCGGAUGGGCAGUCUAAUGUCAAACUCAGCAAUCUGUCAAGUUUCAUCGAGAUAUUUCUCCCACGUCCCGGAGCCACUGAGCCAGCAAUUGCAAGCAUGCCUGUGAAAUAUGGGUUUGCUCUCAUCACAUCCUUCAACAUCACUGAUCCAAACUCAACUGUCAUUGUAACUGCAGUACCAGAUCAAAAUGUCUCUCUUCUGUUGCUCCUGUCUUCCACUUACCAAUCAAACAAUCGCAGUCAGCGCACCAUCCUGACUGGCAAUGGCGACAAUUAUCGCUGGCUCAUCCACCCCGAGAUGCUGAACGGUGCUACUAACGGGACCAUGUAUGUGAACAUAACCGUGUUCAACUACACGUCAAGCCGUCCAGUGACCGUCAAUGUCACGCUCAUGAACUUUAAGUGCGUGUACUGGGAUGUAAACCAAAAUGAUUGGAGCAGAGAUGGCUGCUGGGUUGGUCCUAAAACACUACCGAACAUGACUCACUGCUUAUGUAACCAUAACACUUUCUACGGGAGCUCCUUCUUCGUGAUGCCCAAUCCGAUAGACCUGUCAAAAACAGCUGCGCUCUUCGCCACCAUCAAUCAGAAUUAUGUGGUUGCCUCUGUCCUAGGUGCUUUCUUUUUCCUCUAUCUGAUCCUUGUGGCCUGGGCACGAUAUGCUGACAAAAAAGCCCAGAGAACGCGCAAGAUAAUGCUGCUGGAGGACAAUCAUCCGUGUGCUCAUUAUAACUACCUGCUGAAUAUACAGACAGGAAACCGGAAGCAAGCAGGAACCACGGCCAAGGUUAUGAUGACUGUAGAGGGCACAGAUGGCGAGACCGACAUCCAUAACUUAGCUUACCCAGACCAGCCUGCGUUUGAGAAAGGAGGAGUGGACAUGUUCAUGCUGAGCACUCCGUUCCCUCUGGGAGAGCUGCAGAACAUUAAACUGUGGCAUGACAACACUGGAGGAAGUCCAGACUGGUACCUGCAGAAGGUGACAGUGCAGGACUUGCAGACUCGUCAGGUCUGGCACUUCCUGUGUAAUACCUGGCUAAAGGGCAACGGCGACACCCCUUGUAAAAGAACCUUCAAUCCUGCAAAGAAGAACGAGAUCACCAGUUUUGGCAAUUUAUUCCAUGCGCGGACAUCCACCGGGUUCCGAGACGAGCACAUUUGGAUGUCUAUCGUGAAUCCUCCACGCCACAGCCCGUUCAGCCGAGUGCAGCGAGUCUCCUGCUGUAUGUGCCUGCUCCUGUGCACCAUGGUCAUCAACAUCAUGUUCUGGAACAUUCCCAAAGAUGGAGAGUCUCCUGUCAUCAUUAAGUUAGGGUCCUUUGAACUCACCUGGCAACAGAUCAUGAUCGCAGUGGAAAGCGCCCUGCUCAUGUUCCCGAUUAACAUCCUCAUUGUCACCAUAUUCCGCAGCAUACAACCGCGAGUUCAAAAAGAAGACGAGGACAAGGCCAAGAUCAACAACAGCAGCAAAUCUUCCGCUGUUUCCAUGCAGACUAUCCUCAAGGACACGCAAGAUAUUGUGAGUCUCCUCAGCAAAAGCCCCAAAAAUUGCGUGAUUGCACUGCAGCAAAAUCUCGAGACCACCGCCGAUCUGUUCGCUGCGCUUAAUCAGAUGCACGACGUCACAAUGCAUAUACAAGGCCAGACUGUCGGGGAUCAGCACUGGGCCCACUGCAGCCGUUUUGUCUUUCACACGUCAUGCCAUCUGUCGUCGUUACUGGAUCGCGCCGGAGAGAAAGUGUUCCCUCACCCCGAGGACCUCAAUCUGGCCAAGAACACGGUGAACCUGAUGCUGAAGAAGGCUGAGGCGUUGACCAGCACUCACCCAGUGCAGAGCUUUGUGCCUGUGCAAGAGAAGAAGAAAAAAGCCGGCUGCAAGCUGCCCUGGUGGUUUGUCUUUAUCGGCUGGGGUCUUCUCGUUGCCAUAAGCGGCAUCUCGACCUUCUUCACCUUGCUCUACGGCUUUCAGUACGGGAAGGAGUCAUCCAUUAAAUGGGUCAUCACCCUGUCGCUGUCCAUGUUCCAGAGCAUCUUCAUCAUCCAACCUCUGAAGGUUGUUGGUCUGGCCAUCUUCCUCGCUCUCAUCCUGAGGCCGGUGGCAGUCGAAGACAACCAGGAGGUUGAGAUUUUGCUAGACGAACAACGUGAAAAAUGCGAGUCAUACUGCGGACGCCACAUGCACUGAUGGUUCUGAGUAAAGUCCGGCACUCGGACGAGUAGACGGAUCCUCUCUGAUAAUGUGAUUUUGACCAAUGCAAAAAUCCUAAACUGACUCUUGAUGUAAACAACAAUCACGGUGGAGGUUUUAUCUUUUGUAUCAUAAAUGUGUACUAUAUGUAUCUUUAUUUUCCUAAUAAAAACCCAUAAUGCAUGCAAAAGUGCAGUGCAACCUGUAAGUAACUAUAAAGUGACACAACGUGCACACAGGAUUUGAAAUAAAUAACUUAAGCGGUCAAAGUGCAACGUCAUCUUUAAGGUAUUUACGUCCAAAUUGGAGCCAUAUUUAAUUCCAUAGCCCUCUGCACUAAAAUAAAUCGAGUCACUGGUGAAUUGCUUACAGAGUGUGCUGAUUUUUGCAAUUUAUUUACAAUAUAUAGUCUUAGUAAAACUUUAACAACUGUGCAUUUUAUUAUAUGAUUAGCAUUAGAAUGUGUAAAAAAAAAAAAUAAUAAUAAUAAUUAACCACCGUCACAGCUUUGUGGGAAUGUCAAAGUGGAAAAAGUGGUCUGGUUUUCCAUUUCAGAGCGUUGGGUGUAAGUGUAAAUAUAUCCUUAUUCAUAUGUUUAUUUCAGUCAUCCUAAAAUCCAAGAGAAAUUGACACAUUACCAGAUCAGUUUAAUUUCCUUCUCUAUUUGAUUGUUCAUGUAUCUUUAUGGAAAUUCUGGAAUAAAUGGCUUCUCAUAUCUUA